GCCUCCAUCCUCCCCUUCCUCUGCGCCUCGGCGGCGACCAUCAUGUCUCUCUCCCUUGUCCGCAGCGGCGUCGCUCGCCCCUGCGCGCGCCUCCCGCUCGCGGCGUCGCCAUGGCACGUCCGCGGCGUGUCCAAGCGCGCGCCGGCGCCGCCGAUGAAGAAGCACGUCAAGGCCGCCGUGCCAGUGUCCAGCAUCCGCACUCCCCGCGUCACCGCCAGUGCCCGCGCAGACGCAGACGCAGACAGUCAGAGUCACACUGCUGGUGCGGGUGCUGGCGCUGCUGCUGGUGCUGGUGCCUCCUCGCCUCCUCCCGGCGGCGCAUCGACGCCGCCGUCCUCCGACGAGCGACCAAGCAUCCGCGCCAGCUUUCUCGGCGGGCCCGAGCGAGUCAUCAGCGGCUCGACGCCCCAAGACGUGGCUCGCAAGACGUACAAGGAGAUGAUGGCCUCUCUCGAAGGCCUAGCCAAGGACUCGGUAGAGGCAGCCGUCGCCAAGCGCGCCGCCGGCGGUGGGCCAAGUGCGAGAAGAGCACAGAAGGAGGGCGAAGGUGAUGUGCACGAGUUCAUGGAGAGGAUGGCAGAGUUGAUCGUGGAGGAGGGCGAGGCAAAGAAGGGGAAGGAGCGCCGCGAGGCACGAUACAAGGGCACGGCAAGAGGCGCAAGGGCUGCCUCCUCUACCGCAGCCGCCGGCACUGGAGCGCAAGCUGCAGCAGGAGCGGCAUCGGCUGCGAGCGCCGCUGCAGCAGCGGCAUCGGGAGCGAGCAACGCACCAGGCGCAGGCGCCACCGACGGAGGCGCGGGCGCCAGUCACGCAGGCGCGAGCGCCAACUACGGAGCGCCGACUGCAUCAACACACGCAGCGGGCGCAGAGGAAGUCAUCCUCUUCCGCGGGCCGUGCAGCACCAAGUGGCAGCUGAGCUGGCUGUGUGGCUUGAUGACGCUUACGGCUGGAGCUUUGACUUGUCAAUCGCUCUACAAUCACCUCGUCUGGCCGCUGUUCCCUACCAAGGAGAAGAUGCCGGAGCUAGUGCGCAUCGAGAUUCGCACUGUGGCUGCCACUGGCGCGCUGCUUGUUGGAAUUGGCGGUUACGUCAUGUUCGCAGCGCAUCCCGCUCGCGUCGUCACUCGACUGUCUCUUCUGCCUCGCACCCGACAGCUCAAGAUCCGCACUGCCACCAGCGGUCUCGUCGGUUCCUUUCCUCGCUUCCUGCAAAUCGGGCCGUUUGGUCGCCUCUCUCGAGAGGCAGGCUUUCACCUGACCUCCAACCGUCGUGAUCGCAUCGUGCCGCUCUCCGGCGUCUUUCGCAACGGCGGCAGCGCACAAGGAGCUGCUCGCUCCGCGCUCGAGGAUGGCGAGUCUCGCCAGACGUUCAACCUUCUUGUGGCGCGAGCACGCCUCUUCUACACGCUCGAGUCGGCCGGCGGACGCACGCCCAGAGCAGAGACGCACGGCGCGUAUGCGGCCCUCUUCAGGCGCCUGGCAUGGUACAUGCGCAGCAGCACGGAGUGGGAGGGCGUGCGGGAGGAGGAGAGAGUGGAGAAGAUGGGCGCGCGCAAACGCACGCUCGACGUCAAGGAGCCGUACUUUGUCGAUCGGCAGAUGUUCGACGAGGUGCUGCCGAUGAUGCCGCUGCGCAAGUAAAAAUGCGAGCCGCAUCGACGUCCUCUCUGUCAUGGUGCAGAAGUUAUGACAGCUGUGCGGAAGAGAAGAGAGAGACAGCAAGUCAGGAGAGCAACGGCGAAGGAAGAUGAUG